AUGCGCCCGCGAAAGUUUGAUCCAAUCCUUUCCUCGGACAUUGACACUUUCGUCCAUAAUAUUCUUACCGCUUGGAACUCGCCCGCUGGCAUAGCAUUGGCCAUUGUACGCGAGGACGGACGAGGCGGAUGGUUCGUUGAGAAAAAAGGAUAUGGUAAUGCAACUGCAGAUGGCAAACCGGUCACCACAGACACACUCUUUGGUAUUGGAUCUGAGUCCAAACUUUUUGACGUUCUGGCGACAGGCUUAUUGGUUUCCAACAAAUCUCUUGCCACUCCCAUUAGCUGGACAUCGAAAGUCGCGGAUAUUAUUCCUGGAUGGAGCCUUAUGGACACAGUUUCAUCUUCAGCAAGUACCCUUAUCGACUUAAUGAGCCACCGCACGGGCCUACCACGUCACGAUGGUAUGCUCAGUCGCAAUGACACCCUGCCUACUAUCAUCAGUCGCCUGAAGUACCUCAAACCAUCAACUGGCUUUCGCGAAACACUCCAGUACAACAAUCUCAUGUAUGCAGUGUUGUCGUACUUGCCCACCGUCCUGCUGCCAUCCAAGCCAAGUCUUGCAAAAUACGUUAAAGAGAACAUCUUUGACCAACUCGGCAUGAAAUCGUCCACAUAUUCCUUCACUUGGGCAAACGCAACAGGGAAAAUGGCAGACAGCUUUGCACGAGAGGCGAAUGCCACUACCAAUCCACUGCUUCCCGGAAGAACACACCCGAUACCUUUCUGGUUACAACUGGGUGGCGAUCAAGGAAAUUUCGCCUCUGGUCCUGGAGGGGUAAUCAGCAAUUUGGACGAUCUUGUUCUCUGGCUGAAAAUGCUCAUGUCUGAUGGGGUCAAUCCUGACACAAACAUGACCGUGAUACCAAAGGACGUUUUGACAACGAUUACAACUGGAGUGACAGUGUGGCCAUCUGAGGAGUUCCCCGAACUUUCUCCAAGCACCUAUGGUGGAGGAAGGUAUCGAAGUAACUAUAGAGGUCACGACUUGAUUGAACAUGGCGGUGAUAUUCAGGGAUGGCACAGCAUGAUCACGUGGUUUCCCAAUGAUGGUGCUGGCAUGAUAAUUCUCUCCAACGACGACUUGGUCUACACUCGCGAAGUCAUUCGUUAUCGUGUUCUUGAUGCCCUUUUUUCUCUAGAGCCUGUGGACUGGAAUGCGAGAUAUCAACAAAUUGCUACAGGUACUGCUGCUGCUCGUGCCGCAUUUGUCAGCACAUCUCGUCCUCCCAAUGCUGCACCGCCCACAGUUCCAGGUGGCCUGGAAGCUAUGCCAGGAACAUACAGCAACCCUGGCUACACCUCCCUUGAGCUUUGUCUUAUUACUCCAACGCCAAAAUUGCAGUCAGAUCCUUGCAAAGCACUUGCAACAACUCUCAGUUCGACUUAUCCUCAAUUUGUUGCCGACCCUCGAGUCCCCACACUAGCUUUCACGUGGGACCGCCUUGCCGCCCAAUAUGUGACUCUUUCGCACUUCAAUGGGGAUAUUUUCAACCUGACAGGAUGGACUGGAAUGCCUACCGACCCUCGAAAUUUGUCUUCUCCGUUGUGGGCGCUUGAUGCCCGCUUUGCCGGGACCAUUGCGCUGUCUGGUACUGAUAAAAAUGGCAUCCAUGGCUUCGGCUUCAUUGGGGGGAUAUGGGGCGCUGGUGUUGGCGUCCAUGAUCCGAUCGGCCAAACGCCUGAAGAUAGAAGUGAGGUGUGGUUUACCAAGACUGAAAACACGUCUGUCCAGAGUUUGGCGCAAAAUGUCGUUUCUGAACCAUCAAUGACGAGUGGUCCAACCUCCGGAGAGGAAAAUCAUGGCGUAGUCAUAGUUGGGCUUCUUGCUGGGAACUUGGUCGUAUUGACGGUGAUUGCAGCUCUCGCCGUGCUCAACUACGUUCGCACACGAACAGUUAAAUAUCGACGAGUCAAGAGCCAGGAAAUAUAG